AUCAACACGCGACAGACGCUUGAUCGAAGAGCGGGGAUAAGCUAGGCAACCGCUGUUCCAGAAAAAUAAAUAAUAAUAAAAAGAAAUGCGUCUUGAAGAAACUGUGAUGGUCCGAAUAUGAACGACAACAUGUCUGUUUUAAUGUCGCGGGGGCUGCCGGCAGCUUGGGACACUGUGACUGCUGCACUGGUAUGUCCAUCCGCACCCUCUCCAGUCACUGAUGACUCGGUUUCUGAGGCUCUGACCCUGCUGUGUGAAAAAGGAUUGGGUCAGUAUGUGGAAGGUUGGCUGCUUGAGAUGCUGCAGGUUUCUUUGGCGUCCAACGUAGCUCCGGCGUUCUGGGCUGAACUUCAGCAUCCGGAGGUGGAAUCACGAGAGAGAGACAGAGCCGGAGCACUUUUGGAAGCCUUUAGGACCCUGCUGCAACGGCUGCAACCUUUUCUUUGUGGCCUUGAGCGACUCGGUUCCUGGCAGGAUGAGAAUCGAGUAGGUCUGCCCGGACCUGGAGCACAUGGCCUGCGCGAGAGGGCCUUCUCCAUCAUCCGUGCCAUCCUCCUGUUUUCUCCACCUCCGGUGCUACAGCAGCGCGUCCUUGAGUUCUACAGCCGCACCUUCUCUGUGUACAUGAGCCAGAUCGGCGAGCAGAUUGAGUCUGAUGAAGUGGCAGCAGAGGGCGAUGGGAAUGAUAUGUGUACGGGUUGCGCCUCCGCACCACAGGUCUGCUGGUGCCAGGACGCUCUGGAACAACUGCAGGAGUUUAGUCACAUCCUCUCCAGACUGCAGCUGUUGGAAAGAGUGAGCUCUGAGGCAGUGACCAGCAUUUUGCACCGCCUGAUCGAGCAGCGGAUGGAGCAGCGCUGCAGAGGCGAAUAUGAAAGAUCCUUCCUUUCAGACUUCAAUGACUGGUUAGAGCAGGUCCUUGGUUGGCUCAGUAGGGUGUUUGCGAGCGAGGUAGGCGAGGCCAGCACCAGCUCUUUGCCAACAGACUGGAAGCUAGAUUGCAUUGGUAGCUCCAUCCUGCAGCGCUGGCGCUGUCAUAUGCAGCAGUUCUUCUGCCGUAUCUAUGUCAACAUGAGGAUUGAGGAGCUUUUCAGCAUCAUUCGAGAUUUCCCAGAAUCCACCCCUGCUGUUGAAGACCUGAAGUUCUGUCUGGAGCGCACCAAUCAGAGACAGCAACUCCUCACCUCUCUUAAAUCUGCUUUCGAGACUCGUCUGUUGCACCCAGGAGUUCACACAUCUGAUAUAAUAACCGUCUACAUCUCAGCCAUUAAAGCUUUACGGGAGCUCGACCCCUCCAUGGUCAUCCUUCAGGUGGCCUGCCAACCCAUUCGCAAAUACCUGAGAACACGCGAGGACACGGUGCGUCAGAUUGUCGCCAGUCUAACGGGCGACACCGAGGGCUGUAGCGAGUUAGCCAGCGAGCUCUCUCGGGCCGACCCUGUUACCCUGGAGACGCAAGAUAGUGAGGAUGAGGGAAGUGAUCCGGAGGAAUGGACCCCUGACCCUACUGAUGCUCUAACAGAUAAGACAGGCUCUAAGCGACGCUCUUCAGACAUCAUCAGUCUUCUGGUGAGCAUCUUCGGCAGUAAGGAGAUCUUCAUUGAUGAGUACAAAACGGUGCUGGCUGACCGGCUGCUACACCAACUCAACUACAACACUGCCAGGGAGAUUCGGAAUGUGGAGUUGCUGAAGCUGAGGUUUGGAGAGUCCCACAUGCACUACUGUGAGGUCAUGCUGAAGGAUGUUGCGGAUUCCCGGCGGAUUAACACUAACAUUCACGAAGAGGAGGCUCGUCUUCCCGAGGACGAACAUCCUCCCAUUCCUCUUUCAGCCAUGAUCCUGUCCUCAGAGUUCUGGCCUCAGCUCAAAGAGGAGAAGCUGGAACUGCCUGCUGCCAUCUCCAAAUCCAUGGAGGCCUACACACACCGCUUUGAAAAGCUUAAGGCUAUGAGGACUCUGAGCUGGAAGCCUCACCUAGGAUCAGUAACUCUGGAUGUGGAGCUGGAGGACCGCACUCUUACAAACCUCUCUGUGUCUCCCAUCCACGCUGCCAUCAUCCUGCACUUCCAGGACAAGGGCACAUGGGCUCUGGAGGAGCUGAGCGGAGUCCUCGGUGUGCAUCAGGAGCUCUUACGCAGAAAGCUCGCACUGUGGCAGCAACACGGCGUGAUCCAGGAGGAGUCGCCGGGCCGAUACAGCAUCCUCGAGAAGGCCUCCAGUCGAGAACGGCCUGACCGAGGCAUCAUGCUCAUAGACAGCGACGAGGAGGGAGACUCCAACACCACCACGCAGUCGGAACAGCGGGAGGAGAAGCUGCAGUUGUUCUGGGCCUACAUUCAGGCCAUGCUGACCAAUCUGGAGAGCAUGACCCUGGACAGGAUUCACUCCAUGCUGCGCAUGUUUGUGGCUACGGGGCCCGGUGUCACUGAGAUGGACGUCAACGAGCUGCAGGCAUUCCUGCAGAAAAAAGUGCGAGAUCACCAGCUGAUCGUCUCAGCCGGCGUGUACAGACUUCCCAAAACUACUCAGUAGACAUGGACAGACUGAGGUUCUUUCUGGUUGGAUUGUUUUUCACAAAUAAUAAAAUGCUGAAUUGUU